AUGUCCUGCAUCUCGAAGCCCACGUUUCCCACUUCCUGCUCUCCCGAGCUAUACACGGCUUGCCCCACGAUGAUCAAUGUGCACGAGUGGCUCAUGAUCCACCACACUUCUGUCAUCACGGGCCUCCCCGAGCGCACUUACGACGUCUUCGCCGUGGCCGAGUUCCCGAUGUUUGCCACCAAGGCCGAGUACAUCAACACCAGCAUCGGCAUCCCUCUCGGGCCCGUCACCAUCGAGUUCUCCACCAAGCUCGACAUCCGCAGGGUCAACGCCUCGCUCCCCGACCUGGUCUCCGCCAGCAUCAAGUACCCGCUCCUUGCCUCCGUCAAGGGCGGCGCGUUCAGGGGCGACCUCCACAGCAGCCGCGGCAUCAGCAUGUCGAUUGGCGUCCCCGAGGUCUACGGGAGCGUCCGCCUCUGGAUCGAAGGCGGCACCCACCGCCACCCCGACGCGGCACUCUGGAUCGACUUCAAGCUGAGCGUGUUCGGGGAAGAACACCACGGCAGGUUCGCCGUCCUCCCCAUUCCCCGCUGGUUCAUGCUGGCGGCCCCUGGCAACAGCGAGAAGCUCCUCCAGGCCCCCGCCAGCAAGUUCUCCGCUUUCUCGGUUUCUGCACUCAACGGCGUCGACGAGGAGACCAACAACGGCGCCGAUGAUGUGACGCUCCCCGUCGAUGAGGAGGCCAGCAGCGGCGACAACGUCGAGGACGCCCCCGCUGACGAGGAGGCCGUUGCCGCCUAAUCGAGGUCAAGCACCUCCCGCUGAAUGCGGGAUCGACACACAGACAGUGUAGUAUGGUAUCGCUGAACAGGCUCGUAAU